AUGAAUGGAGUUGUUGAAGUUGCCAACAAGAAUAUCAAGAAGAUUUUGAGAAAAAUGAUUAACAAUCACAGAGGUUGGCACAAGAUGUUGCCCUAUUCUUUGUUGGGUUACAGAAUGACCGUCAGAACGUCAAUCGGAGCUACUCCAUACUUGUUAGUAUAUGGAACAGAAGCAGUUAUACCUGUAGAGAUUGAAAUACCUUCAUCGAGAAUUAUCCUAGAAGCUGAAUUAAGUGAUGUUGAUUGGGUUCGAAAGCGGAUUGUUCAGUUAACAUUGAUUGAUGAGAAGAGAAUGGUUAUUGUUUGUCAUGGUCAACUGUAUCGACAAAGAAUGAUUCGUGCUUUCCACAAGAAAGUAAGAGCCAAAAUAUUCAAAAUUGAUCAGUUAGUUCUCAAACGCAUUUUCCCUCAUCAGGAUGAGUACAAAGGGAAAUUUGCACCAAAUUGGCAAGGACCCUACAUGGUUCGCAAAGUGUUAUCUGGAGGUGCAUUGGUCCUGUCAGAGAUGGAUGGCACAGAAUGGCCGAAACCGAUCAACUCAGAAGCUGUUAAGAGAUAUUAUGUGUGA